AUGGGUUGGGGAAUAUCCAGGUUGAUUGGACUGAAGGCUGCUGUCCUGCUUUCUGUGGCGUGUUUUUUCCAAGGACUAGGAGUGACCCUUAUCUCAUUUCCUCUCAUAUGUGCAUCCGUGAUUGCAAUACUAGUCUCGAUAGCUUCCCACCCAUCGAUUGAUCUUCCUUUACUCCUUGGCAAGGCAUCCGAUGGAAGUUUUCCAUUGUGGUCAUGGAUCAUGUUCUCACCAUUUCUUCUUUUCAUUCACCUAUUUGUGCUGCUACGAAGAUUCGUGAAAAAUGAACCCUUAUACACUGAGGUUGCAGAUGGAGUGUUUGUUGGAGGAUGGCCUUCUUCGGUUGAACACCUGCCACCAGGUGACCCUGCAAUCAUAGAUUGCACGUGUGAGCUGCCAAAAAGCUCGACUAUAUCUAACAAUGCAUAUCUGUGCGUUGCUACCUGGGAUACGAGGGCUCCUCAGCCAUCACAAAUUGAGUCUGCCGUGCGAUGGGCUCUCAGAAAGCGGUCACAGAACAAGCCUGUGUAUGUCCACUGUGCCUAUGGUCAUGGCAGAAGUGUCUGUGUGAUGUGUGCACUUCUUGUCGCAUUAGGAUUGGCUGAAGAUUGGAAAGCUGCUGAGCAAAUGAUCCGUGAGAAACGACCUUCUAUUAGCAUGAACACUCUUCACCGCAAAAGCUUGGAGGACUGGUCAAAACAUUUGCUCCCCUCCUCUAAAAGAAGUGGGGAAUCAGAUGGAAGUGCUGUUGCCGGACCCUUUUGGGGGGAAAACCCUGCUAUCCUGCAUUCCUGCUGGGUUCUCAUUUAUAGCUAUAUGUGA